ACAAUUCGAAUGAUUUCUACAUGUAAACAAUAUAGAAAAAUGCAAAUUAGAGAAUGCGCAUAAAACAGAAAGGAUGAAAGAUUCCAUAAAGAAAUUUAAAAUGGUAUCGGCCCAGUGAAAACUGAAGAAGAUAUAAACCAGAAACUAAAAUAAAAUUAUAGUAUAUUUAGCAUCUAGUUGCACACUGUGUUGCCUAUGUACAUGCCGAAAAAUUUUGAACAUAUAAAUACCUUUUCUGAGUUUCAUAGACUUCCGCUACGAGACUUUAGCCACAACCAAAAAUAUUUUGUGUUUCUAACCUAACCUCAAAUUAUCUUUUAGAAACAAUCUCAUUAGAGACCGAAGUGUGUUAUUGAAACGAAAAAAACCUAAUGUUUUAGGUGUCUUUUUCAGCUCGUGCAAUUCAGUUCUUAACAGCACUAAACACAUAACUUUAAAAGUGUCUAAUAUUACUUCUUGGUGACCUAAUUUUAGUCAUACAAACAAAAUUAUGACUACCAUUAAUAGCGCAACGGAAUUGAUUGAGUCGGAUAGUGAGGAUGAUUUUAAAUCCAAACAAGUAACUCCCCGGCCUCACAAAGAAGAGAUCAAAAGUAAACUUACGAAUUGUGAAUUUGAGGAAGAUGUUCCGUCAGAUUUCUUUGACGACUUUUCGAAUGAUGACUUUAUGGAUGGCCUGGAUAUGGUCGAAUCUUGUGACGAUGACUGUCAGGACGAUGAGGGUCUGAGAAUUAUAAAACAAAAGAAAUUAGCGAGCAGGAUCGGAUUCCGAAAGGGAAGUCGGCCACAUUUUAAGCGACACAGAUCGCACAGUUUUUCAUUAUCAUCAAGUGAAAGUUAUGGAGAACGAAGUCGAUCCUUAGAACGUUAUUCGAGUGAACGCUGGUCUAGGGAAAGAUAUAGAGGGUAUCCCGGGUUUAGAAGGGGAGGCUAUAUUGGACCUAGAAGGGGAGGUUUUAUACCUAAUUUCAGAGGGAGAUAUACAUGGUAUAAAAGAGGUUAUGUGUUACCUUAUGGUUAUAGGGGCCCAAGAACAAGAGGAUAUACACGAGGGUAUGCCUGGCCGAGACGAGGAGGUUAUACAGGACCAAAAUCAGAAGAUUAUAUAGAACCAAGAUCGGAGGAUUACUCUGAGUCAGAAUCAGAAGGUUACGGUGAACUAAAUUUGGAGGGUUACACUGAGCCAAAAUCAGAAGAUUACGUAGAGUUGGUAUCGGACGAUUAUGCUGGGUCAGAAUCAGAUGGCUACACUAGGCCCAAAUCAGGAGAUUACACUGAGUCCAGGUCAGAAGAGUACACAGAGCCAAAAUCAGAAAGACAUACGGAGUCAAAAACGGAACGCUACUCGAGGUCUAAAUCGGGCGGUUACACUGGGUCAAAAUCAAAAGAAUAUACAAAGUCAGAUUCGGGGCAUACUGCGUCAAAAUCAGAAGAUUACUCGGAACCAAAAUCAGAAGGUUACACAAAGUCAAAAUCAGAUCACACUGGGUCAAAAUCAAAAGGGUAUACGGAAUCGAAACCAGAUGAUUACUCGGGCCCAAAAUCAGAAGGUUACACAAAGGUAAAAUCAGGCCAUACUGGCGCAAAAUCGGAAGGGUAUACUGGGUCAAAAUCAAAAGGGCAUACAGAAUCAAAAUCAGAACAUUACCCGGAGCCAAAAUCAGAGGGUUACACAAAGUCAAGAUCAGGUUACACUGGGCCGAAAUCCGAAGAGUACACUGGGCCCAAAUCAGAAGGGCAUACUAGGUCAAAAUCAAAAGGGUCAAAAUUAGAGGAUUGCACUGAGACGAAAUCAGCAAGUUACACAAAGUCAUCAAGGUACACUGAGUCAAAAACAGAAGGGUACACUGGGCCAAAAUCAAAAGAGUAUACCAUGUCAAAAUCAGAAGGUUACCCAAAGUCAAAAUCAGGGUACACUGGACCGAAAUCCGAAGGGUACACUGGGCCGAAAUCCGAAGGGUACACUGGGCCGAAAUCAGAAGGGUACACUGGGCCAAAGCCAAAAGGGCAUUCUAGGCCAAAAUCAGACUACACUGGGUCAGAAUCAGAAGAUCGCAGGAGGCGUAAGUCAGAAAGUUACACUGAAUCAAAAUCGAAAGAUUAUACAAAAUUGAAUUUGGAAGGGUACACAAAGUCAAGGUCAGGUUACACUGGACCAAAGUCAGAAGGGUACCAUGGACCAAAAUCAAGAGGGUAUUCAGGGCCAAAAUCAGAAAGUUACACAAGGUCAAAAUCAGGUUACACUGGGCCGAAGUCAGAAGGGUACACUGGGCCAAACUCAAAAGGAUAUACUGGCCCAAAAUCAGAAGGUUACACAAGGUCUAAAUCAGGAAGUCACACAGGGUCAAAAGUGGGUGGUUAUAGUGGACCUAAUACAGAAAAAAAUAUGUUUUUGAAAAAUCUGUCUGAUAUUGACUCUGAAAUCGAUGACUUUGAAAUAGACAAAAGUGAAAAUGUAGAAAAGGUUGAUUCAUAUACUUUCACAAGGCACGAAUAUAAAAAGUCAUCUUCUUCGCCUAAACAUCGCAAUAGACAUAGUCGAAGUCCAAUUCAUGUCAAGACAAGAUCACCGCUUACUGUUAGGUACAUGUCUUCUCCAGAAUUGAAAAGAAGUCAUAGUCCUGAGCGCAGGAAGCUGCAUCGAAGCAGCAAGUACAGCCAUGAUUUAAAACGUAGAAAACGUUCUAGGAGUCGUAGCCUUAAGCUAAAGCCGGAAUUGACUUCUAAGAGACAUAGAGAGAGAGCUCGUGAGAAAUCUUCCAAGGAGUCUUUGUCUCAUCGCUUACAGAGUCAGUCGAGACGUGUUGACUUUUUAGAGGAAUUGGCAACUAAGUUGGAAAAAAUGGAGAAAAAUAAAUACUACAAAAAAGUGCUACAAAUAAUAGGAGAAGGAGAACCUUCUGCUGACUCGGACACUGCUAGUCAUAGGAAGCCUUCCCCUCCAGCUCCCAAACAUCAGCACUCAGUUCCUCCUGCACGCUCACACUCUAAUUAUAACCCAACUCCUCCAAACCAUCCACACUCCUCUAAUUAUCAUCCAUCUCAUUCCGGUUUCCCUCCCAACCAGUCACACGAACAUUUUCGCCCCACACCUGAUUUUGGUCCCAAUCACUCACACUCGCAUACUUAUCACCACUCAUUUCCUUCUGGACCUUCACCAAAUGCAACCCAGAUGCACAUUCCUGUAGUGGAACCGGGCCCAUAUUUUCCUCAACGCAGGGAGCCUUCUCCUCAGUUUGAUAAUAAUUUCUUCGAGAAUCAGCAGUUUGCUACGAAUUAUCCUUCUGCACCAUUCCCAGGCCCUACACAUAAUCAGCAUAAUCCUUAUGACGAUCACAGACGUGAAGCUCCACGUAUGCAAACCGAACUACCAAGUACUUCAACCGGUCGGAGUCGUGCAAAUGAGUUUAGUCGAGAAUUUGGCAACACCAAAACGUCCAGUAAUCUAAGAUUUGAUCUUCAAAAGGAAAAAGAAGAAUUUUUCAAAAUAUUUGAAAAUAAGAACGCCGGUGAGCAGGUCUAUCAAAAUGCUCCAGAAGAAUAUGCGGAACACAUGAAUGUACCGAGAGAGAGAAGAGAAAGGAGUGAACUGAUCAGCACGUUGCCUAUGGAAAUUCAGAAAAAAAGAAAAAUUGAAUCGCAACGGAGACGUGAAAAUACACGUCGCGUUCUCGUUGGUAAAACGAAGCAAGAUGUUUUUCGUAUGCCACGCAAGACGAACCCGGAUCUCGUCCAUGAAGGUCGCUCGUCUUAUCGAAUUCAGUUCGAUGAUGAAAUGGAUGAAAUGGAAGAGAAUUAUUCUAUGUCUGCACGGUACGAGGAGCCAUGGUGAAAUUCAGGAUUUGUUGCAUUAUAAUCAAGUUUGGUUUAAUAGUAAUUAGUAGAGUGUAUAAUAAAAGUAAAUGUGCUUCAAAUUUGUUUAUAUGCGAAUUCAUCCAGUCAUGCGAGGCUGUUUCAAAUGAAAUGCGGAUUGGGGCUGUAUAAUAUCCAACUAUCAUUGUUUGUAAUGGCUUUGCUUGGUAUUACAUCAAUGAGGAAGUGCGCACAUGACGUAUGUUUUUUAACUGCUGAGGAUGUAAAUCACUUCGAAAUACAUAAAAAAUAGUGUAUGCGUAUCUUCAUACGGUGUUGCUGGUUCCAGUGUUUAUAAGUGGGUUAAUGUAUUAAAAACGGCGAUUGAAAGUGUGAAUCAUGUCUGAGGAUAACUUUGCGGUAGUGCAAGAACUUAUUUAUCAAGAUAGGCGAAAUAAGCAACUGAUUGAUGAACUCAGGGUUCAAGCAUGCGUUGCUCUACUUGAGCGAUAUGACAAAAACGGGGAAGCUUUUCUGGACAGUACGAAAGCUGAGAGCACCACUAUCAAUCUGGGAACCAGUCAAGUGGCAUCGUUACCAAAACCAAAAAACUCAGUGUUGUCGUUUUUGACAUUAUCGAGCUCAAGGCUGUAGAGCUAAUUACUAGAAGCUUAUUAAAGGAUGUUCUGAAAUCAGGAAUAAGGACGAAACGGUGUGGACUUUUUCACUAGCUGUUUUAUUUCUAAUAUAGUGCGAAUAUAACAACAAAUAAUUAAGCCUCGGUUUUACAGUGAUUGACCCACCGUACUCUCCCGAUUUAGUGUCAAGUGAUGACCACUUUAAAAAACAAUUUGGAUGGCAAAUAAGUUGUUCUCGGAUGGAAUUGAAGCAUCAGUUGACAAAUGAAAGAAGCCAAUUGAAAAGCAGCGAGAGAAAUGAGUUGUUGAUUAGUAAAUUUAUGGAACCAAAAGCCACCCUGGAUUUUAUUUUGAAACAGCCUUGUAUAAUCCACAUCCACAAUGAUAAACACACUAAACUCUGAUAAAAAGAGAUUCACAGUGUGCAAACUGGACAUAAAUUAUAACGGAUGGUAGUAAUAAUGCGGUUGAGAGAUAAACACACUAAAGAACAGUGUCCUAUAUAAAUUGAGGUGAAAAUUAAAAAUUGCAUCUAAGUCCCUGAAAUACUAGAACAUGGCGACGAAAAUGAAUUUAUACCCAAAAAAAAUUCGAACCCAAUUCUAUGUAAUUGUAACGUAUUUUCGUCACAGUUUUUCUGCGUCCCUAAUAUUACUCACAUGGGGAAAAGUGUUCGUUAAAAUUCAUGUACCUAGUAAUAACCAAAGUAUAGUAGUAAAUAGUUAUAUAUAAGACAUGCGAAUAAAAAUAGGUACAGAUCUGUAACCUACCAUGAUUAGCUCAAAAGCUUUCACUGGGCACAAGAGCUAGGUAACAAUACUGCUUCAGAGUAUGGAUCACACACGAACCUAAAGUUCGGCACGUUGCAUAAGGCUCCAGCAGAGUUAGGUGACUUGAAUGUGCUUGCUAGAGACUGGAUUUCAUGAUUUUAUGCAUUACGUAAAUAUUGUAUGCAGCUCAAAAUAAAACAAUAAUUUUCACGAACUAAUAAAAAUGAAUCACAUUGGCGCAAAGAAAAUAGUGCAUAUUUUGCAUUUUUGGAGUUUUUGUAUGCAUAUUUAAGAAAGAUUAGCAUUUUAUUAAAUUUUUAAACCAUUUUUAUUGCAAAACAAGUUUCCAGUGGUAGUAAUUGGAACAAUCA